AUGAGUCCUCCACUGCUGAAGCUUGGUGCUGUUCUUAGUACCAUGGCAAUGAUCUCUAACUGGAUGUCCCAAACUCUCCCUUCUCUGGUUGGACUAAAUACCACCAGAAUAACCACUUCAGAUACUCUAACUCAGAUUAGCCCCAAGGAAGGGUGGCAAGUUUAUAGUUCAGCCCAGGAUCCUGAUGGCCGUUGCAUUUGCACUGUUGUUGCACCUGAACAAAACCUGUGUUCGAGAGAUGCCAAAAGCAGGCAACUCAGACAGCUGUUAGAGAAGGUUCAGAAUAUGUCCCAAUCUAUUGAAGUUUUAAAUCUACGGACUCAGAGGGAUUUCCAGUAUGUCUUAAAAAUGGAAACACAAAUGAAAGGGCUGAAGGCCAAAUUUCGGCAAAUUGAAGAUGACCGGAAGACAUUAAUGACAAAGCACUUUCAAGAGUUGAAAGAAAAGAUGGAUGAGCUCCUGCCACUGAUCCCAGUUUUGGAACAAUACAAAACUGAUGCCAAGUUGAUCACACAGUUCAAGGAGGAAAUUAGGAAUCUGUCUACUGUGCUCACUGGGAUUCAGGAAGAAAUUGGUGCUUAUGACUAUGAGGAACUACACCAGCGUGUAGUCAACUUAGAAACCAGGCUUCGUGACUGCAUGAAAAAGCUCACAUGUGGGAAAUUGAUGAAAAUUACAGGCCCCAUUACAGUGAAGAUAUCUGGAACCCGAUUUGGAGCCUGGAUGACAGAUCCGUUGGCAUCAGAGAAAAAUAACCGAGUCUGGUACAUGGAUAGUUACACUAACAAUAAAAUAGUCCGUGAAUACAAAUCCAUCGCAGACUUCGUCAGUGGGGCCGAAUCAAGGACAUACAACCUUCCAUUCAAAUGGGCAGGAACCAACCACGUUGUCUACAAUGGCUCCCUCUAUUUCAACAAGUACCAGAGCAACAUCAUCAUCAAGUACAGCUUCGACACGGGGCGGGUGCUGGCGCAGCGCAGCCUGGAGUACGCUGGCUUCCACAAUGUCUACCCUUACACCUGGGGGGGCUUCUCUGACAUCGACCUGAUGGCAGAUGAAAUUGGGCUCUGGGCUGUGUAUGCCACCAACCAGAAUGCAGGCAACAUUGUCAUCAGCCAGCUGAACCAGGAUACGCUGGAGGUGCUGAAGAGCUGGAGCACGGGCUACCCAAAGAGAAGUGCUGGAGAAUCCUUCAUGAUCUGUGGCACCUUGUAUGUCACUAACUCGCACUUAACAGGAGCCAAGGUCUACUAUUCCUACUCCACCAAAACCUCCACUUACGAGUACACAGACAUUCCUUUCCAUAAUCAGUAUUUUCAUAUAUCCAUGCUUGACUACAAUGCAAGAGAUAGAGCUCUCUAUGCCUGGAAUAAUGGACAUCAAGUCCUGUUUAAUGUCACCCUUUUCCACAUCAUUAAAACUGAGGAUGACUCAUAAUUUUCUUUCCCUUACCUCCCUCCCUCAAAGCAGUCUCAUUUGUGAUUAACUCUAAAAGAGUCCAUCUCUCUCAGUUUCUUUUUAAUUUACAUUUCUUUCUUCAUUAAACAAAAGCAACAUUUUCUACUAUGUAAUGCAUUUCAAAUAUGGCUGAACCUGUCAAAAAGGACCUGUCAGAAAUAAAAAGCAUCUUAAGUCAUGAUUCUGCAAGGUCUGUCAAGACCUUGUCUUGAAAAGCACUAAAGAGGAUUUAAAUGGCUAAAGACAGUUUUUAAAAGAUUAUGAUCUGCCUUAUUUUAGAGUCAGAGACUAAUGGUGGCUUAAAUGCAUGAAUGUCUUUUUUUACCUCGUUUUUGUUUUAAUAUAUUGCUUAACUUCAGGAAACAUAUUGGUAGUGUCAGACACGUUGCACAUUGUAUUUUUUUAUUUAUUCUGAAAGAAAGAUUUAGGAAUUUAAUUUACUUAGACAAGGAGUAUGAUUCAUUUUGCCAUCAUCCAAUUUCAGAUGUGGUGCUGUACAGUAUGUUUUUAAAUCUCUUGCAAACAUUUUAUCAACAGUAUGUAUUUCUACCAUUGUAACCACCAUUGUGCAAUUGUAUCUCUUCACUUAUGUGAAAGUAAACUAAGUACUAUUUUUUAUAAAAUAUA